GGCUGCGGUCAGUGGUCCAUCACUAAUGUGACGAAAAAAAUUAUACAAAAAAACAUUUUUGAUACUCAUUUUUCCCAGCUUUUCCACCCGGCCACGUUGGUUUCCCACCCACAUCAAGAUUUCCUCCCAACAGCGGCUGCUCGAGUGCUUCAGGAUGACCUUGGUGGGCCUAGCAGCCCGCAAGUUGGCGCAGAAGAAGAGAUCCGCCAAACUGGCAGCCGUUCCCAACGGCAUCCGGUGCCAAAAGUGCCUGCAGAUUGGGCACUGGAGCUACGAGUGCAAGGAGAAGCGGAAAUUCGUCCACCGGAGCUCGCGCACCAAGCAGCUGAGCAAGCAUUUAGCCCAAAAGGAAGCAGAGGCGCCCAAGAACGAGGUGGAGAGCAUGGAAGUGGCGUCAGCGGCCGGAAAGAAGGUCCGCCGCAAGCGGAAGCCCAGCAAGAGCUCCUCGUCCUCCUCCAGUUCGUCGGACAGCUCAGACAGCAGCAGCGAAUCGGACUCCUCAUCCGGUUCGGACUCCAGCAGUUCCAGUUCGGACUCAGAGGACGAGGAUGACAGCUCCUCGGGCUCCAGUGGCAGUGGCUCAUCCUCCGACAGCGAUAGCAGCGAGGAUCAAAAACAAGGCCCCCAGAAGAAGAAAAAGCGAGCAGAGAGUUCAGCGGAAUCCUCCGACGAUCAGGAGUGAUCUGGAGACCGUUUCCUGGUCCGUAGCGCAUAGCUUUAGUAGUUUAGUUUACCCCUCCACCUUUCCCUAAGAUAUGGAACCUUAAACCGAAUAUGAACUUGCUAUUUGUAAUGUAUUGUAAUUAUUAUUUAAGUCCCCUAAAUGUACGUGGUCCUGGCCAAGAUGCUACCCAAAAUAAAAGUUUUUAGUCCGA